CUGGUUUGAAUACGGUUUACGAAUCUCAAGGGGAAGAUAAGAAAAUGGCUUUUAUAUACCUUCUUUUUUAGAUCCGUUUUUUCUCUCUUUCGAACAAUGGUUUCUUCUCGCUGUGAGCUACUUGUGAUCUGUGUCUUGUCUCUCUUCUUUGUUCUGGCUCACUCCAAGACGCUUAAGCGUGAUGUGAAAGCUUUGAAUGAAAUAAAAGCCUCUUUGGGAUGGAGAGUGGUGUAUUCAUGGGUUGGUGAUGAUCCUUGUGGAGAUGGAGACCUUCCUCCUUGGUCUGGUGUCACCUGUUCCACACAAGGUGGCUAUAGGGUUGUCACAGAACUAGAAGUUUACGCAGUUUCUAUUGUUGGACCUUUCCCCAUUGCAGUAACAAACCUUUUGGACUUGACUAGACUGGAUCUACAUAACAACAAGCUGACUGGUCCAAUCCCUCCACAGAUUGGGAGACUAAAACGGCUCAAAGUACUGAACCUGAGGUGGAACAAACUACAAGAUGUGAUUCCCCCUGAGAUUGGGGAGCUGAAGAGGCUAACACAUUUGUACUUGAGCUUCAAUAGCUUCAAAGGAGAGAUUCCGAAGGAGUUAGCUGCUCUUCCCGAGCUUCGGUAUCUAUAUCUUCAAGAAAACCGUCUCAUUGGUAGAAUACCUGCUGAGCUAGGGACGCUUCAGAACCUCCGCCACCUAGACGUUGGUAACAAUCACUUGGUGGGAACUAUACGUGAGCUUAUUCGUUUUGAUGGUAGCUUCCCAUCUCUUCGCAACCUGUACUUGAAUAAUAACUAUUUGAGUGGAGGCAUCCCUGCUCAGCUAUCUAAUCUUACGAGCUUAGAGAUUGUGUACCUGUCUUACAACAAGUUAAUUGGAAACAUUCCUUUUGCCAUUUCUCAUAUUCCUAAGUUGACAUUCCUGUAUCUUGAUCACAACCAGUUUACUGGGAGAAUCCCAGACGCAUUCUACAAGCAUCCAUUCCUCAAAGAAAUGUACAUCGAAGGCAACAUGUUCAAACAAGGUGCUAACCCAAUUGGCACCCACAUAGUUCUAGAAGUUUCUGAUUCCGAUUUUGUCGUGUGAUGUGGUAGAAGAUACUAGGAGGUUCUAAAAGAACAAUGUCUCAGAGCUACCUAGAGAUGGUUCCACUUUAGCUUACUUCAUUACACUUUUUUGUAUGGUUUUGAUUCUUUGAAAAUUGGAAGAAAACAUGACUACAAGUUUUCUUUUAUCUUCAUAUUGUAUAGUUAGACACAUUUUACUAAUCUCUAUUGAACUUAUUUUUUUAUC